GAAGAAGAUGUUCAACGAACAAGAUGGCGGACUUUCGUUAAUCGUUUAGGUUUGUUUUUGGCGACUUGCGGAUAUAAUUCGCCUUCAUUUGCACGUCCAACUGCACUGCAGCGAUAUUCGUUGCCCUGUCGCAAUGUUCAAGAAAGCGAAAAGGUGCAAUUUCAGACGCCGGAACGAUUCUGACGAGGAGGAAAAAGACGAGGUCCAGGAUGAGGCGAGUGUGGAGGUGCUGCAGCCGUGCGGGCCUGCGGGGGACAGCGCACACACACCCGCCGUAGACAAGCUUAUAGCACUUCAUACUCUAAACAGCCAUGGAAACGGAGUUCCUCCAGGAGCCAUGAAGCUUCCUAAAGACAAGAAAAAGAAAAAGGAAUGUCGAGAAGAGCCUAAAGCCAGCUUACUGAGCUUCAACGACGAAGAAGAUGACACUGAAGUGUUCAGAGUGAAGAAAUCCUAUCACAGUAAGAAGAUUGUCAAACAACUCAAAAAGGAGUACAGAGAGGAAAAGAGCACUCAUGUUGUGCAGGAACCAACUCGCCUUGAUGGUGUUCAGUCUCUGUCUGGUACUGGUGUUAAAGAGGAGGCAGUGGACAGCAGAGGCAGCAGUGAACAAGGUGAAGGUGAGAUGGAGGUGGACAGUAAUGAGGAACAGGAUGAUGAGGGUGAAACCCGGCAGGCAGGAAACUUUUCUCAGACACUCUCUGCGCUCAGCUCCCUCAGACCAGGUGAGAUCCCAGACGCAGCCUUCAUUCACGCGGCCCGUAAACGGCGACAGAUGGCACGGGAACUUGGAGGCGAUGCUCCACUUGUGGAGACGGACGUGUCAGGAAAACGUCUGGUCCAUGAAGAUGAGCAAGGUGGAAGUGAUGAAGAUGAGAAGAGGAUUGUGUUCAGUGGUGUCAAGCAGAAGACCCAGCGUCAGAAAAUAGCAGAGGAAAUUGGUAUUGAGUGCAGUGAUGAUGAGGCCUUGAAUACUGAAGGGAAUGACGAGGAAGUCAGUCGAUGGGAGCAGGAGCAGAUCCGGAAAGGCAUUAGCAUCCCUCAGGUCCAAACCAGUCAGCCAGGGGAAGCAAACAUGUAUUACCAGACUGGCUACGAGAACCAGCAGUACGCAGCAUCAUAUAGCAUGCCAUACGGAUACAGUGCGCUCGGAACAGAAAGUGUAAAACCUGUGAAAGUGGAGAACACUGUUCCUUACCCAGUCCCUAGCAGCAGCCUUACUCCAGUCACUACAGCUCUGGUAAAGAAACGGCUCAUGGACAGGCUAAGCUCCAUGCGCCAGGGCCGCGAUGCCAGUGCCCGGCGCUACGAGCAGAUCCAAGACGAGCUGCAGGCUUCCGAAAAUAGCAUCCUGCAGCUGGAGGACUCCUCGCAGCACGCUGCUGAGCAGUAUAAAUUCUUGCAAGAAAUGCGAGGGUAUGUUCGAGACUUGCUUGAGUGUUUCAGUGAAAAGGUGCCUGCUGUUCUGGAGCUGGAAGCUGCAAUGCACCAGUUACUAAGGCAACGGGCGGCACGGCGAGUCCAGAGAAGACAGGAUGAUAUUAAAGAUGAAUCAGCGGAGUUUUCGAGCCUUUCAAGUAAGGCUGUUAUGGCCCCAAAUCUGGACCCUUUUGGCAGAGACCGUGCAGCCUAUCAGGAGCUCAGCAGGCAGAGGAGGGUAGCAGAACGUGAGGCCAGGAGAGCUCGCCGCAGACAAGCUCGUGAACAGAAUGGGGCAAGGGCUGAACAUAAGGAGGGACUGUCCAGCGAUGAUGAGGAGACCUCCACUGACAUAACAAGCUUUAACCUAGAGAGAGAUCGUAUUUUAAAAGAAUCAAAGAAGGUGUUUGAGGACGUCGUCGAUGAUUUCCAUUCAAUAGAUUGCAUCAAGUCUCGAUUUGAGGUGUGGAAGAAUCUUUACUUCACGUCUUACAGAGAUGCUUACAUCGGUCAAUGCCUGCCUAAACUUUUCAACCCACUGAUCCGACUUCAGCUAAUCCCGUGGUCACCUCUGGAGGACGACUACCCGAACUUUGAGUACAUGCUCUGGUUUGAGACACUGCUGUUCUAUGGCUAUGAGGAGCAAAGCACUGAGCACCAGGAAGACAUUGACAGCGGUCUCCUGCCUGCUAUUGUUGAGAGAGUGGUACUCCCCAAACUCGCAGUGCUAACGGAGCAGGUGUGGGAUCCAUUGUCUCACAGUGAGACUUCCAGGCUGGUGGCCUUCAUGCUGCGCCUAAUAAAGGGCUACCCUACCAUUUUGCAUGGAGACAACCGCAACACACAGGAGCUGCUCAGGACAAUCGUCGUGCGCACACGACGGGCGUUAGAUGAGGAUAUCUUCAUGCCACUCUUUCCAAAAACUGUCAUGGAAAACAAGAAUUCAAGUCCUUACCUCUUCUUCCAAAGGCAGUUCUGGUCCUGUGUGAAGCUCUUGGGAAACAUUCUCCAGUGGGAUGGCAUCCUGUCUCAAAACUGUCUAAAAGAGCUUGCUGUCGACAGCACACUGAAUCGCUAUAUUCUCUCUGCGCUACAGUCAACGGAUAUUGGGGAGGACAGCGUGGAGAAAUGCAAGAAGGUGGUGGAGAGUUUUCCCGUGCAGUGGUUCAGCAGUCUGAAAGGUCAACAGACUCUGCCGCAGUUGGAGAACUUAUGCCGCUACAUGAAGCACACGGCCAAUUCACUGUAUCGUAGCAGCUUGACCGCUUCUGAUGUGGAAAAGAGGAUAUCAAGGGAGCAGAUUAAGGAAGUGGUGAAGCUUCUGGGUCGACUCAAUGCUUUGGAUCACGUGAUCGCUGUUGCCUCAGAGCAUGGAAUUAAAGACAUUAAGACCUUGCUGGAGAGUAAAUGAGUGAGAACUAACUUGAGGAGCCCUGGUUCAAAAAGACUUAUGACUGGCCUUUGGGGUGCAAUGUGUAUAAAUUGUGGAUACUGUACAUGCCUGUGCUAUGAAUUUUUUUGAUCUGUUGAUAUACACGCACACAUUACUGCACAAAGACCUUUUCUGAUGUAAAAAAAAUCCACCUUCAAUGUGAAAUUAAAUUAUAUACAGCUUAAGCAUUUAGGGGUUAAUAACAAAAAAUAAAUAAUAAUUAAAUUUAAAAUAAUAAAAAUCUUACAAUAACCUGAUUGUAUAAGUGUACACACCCCUAAAUUAAUAUUUUCUUGAUGUACCUUUUGUUUUUAUUACACCAGUCAGUCUUUUGGGGUAAGAGUCUGUCAGUGUGGCACGUCUUGACUUGCCAAUAUAUUUCAACUCUUCUUGCAAAACAUUCGCGAUCCAUUAGUAGUAUGGGUAUCUACUGUGCAUAGUCCAGUGUACUGUCCACUUCAGGUCACCCCACAGGCUUUUUUUGGUUAAUCCUUUUCUUUGUUGAUUGAGAGAUGUUUUGGGUCUGCAUGAUAAAAUCUCUUUUUAACUUCAGCUUACUAGCAGACACCUGUCAAUUGUUGUCAACAGACCAUAACACAUCUUGCCACACGGUUUGGUGUUAAGUUGAGCUUGGGAUUUUUUUUUUGUCUCACACUCCUACAGCUCAGUCAAUUUUGCCAUAGGUAAGUUUUUGUGCUUUAAUUCAUUUUGCAAGGGCAUCUCAUUCUUGCUGAUGUUGCUGUUGUGCUCCAUUUUCUCAGUUGGUGAUGACCUUUACAGUGUUCCAUGGUAAAUAUAAUGUUUUGGACAUUAUUAUUCUGUCUUUUUCCUGAUCAGACCCUUUAAACAAAUGAGACACGUUCAUGCUUUGAAAGCUCUUUCGGGAACUAUGGCAUUAGCAGUCGGAUGAAGCCAAGAUGAUGUGAAGUCGUUCUGUAGAAACAGCAGAUCUUUGGUAUUAAUCAAAAUAUUUUCAUUUAAAGCACUAUAUGAUAAUUACUUUUGAACACUGUUCAUUCUUAACAUAGCCGCAUCCCCAAUUCUAAAAAGGUGUGCACAGUUGCCAUGCAACUUUUUAUUUUAUUUUCACCUAAAAUGUUUGCUUGUUUUUCUCUAAAUUUAAGAGAUGUAAUUUCAUAUUGAGGAUGGAAAUGGUUCUUACAUGACUUGGAUCUUGGUUAUUCUGGUUGUUUUUUUUACGUCACAACUUACCAUUCUAACAGGGUUGUGUAGAUUUUUAUAUACAUUGUACAUGAGAAAUUAAUUUAACAGGUUUGCAGGUUGGCUUCAGUCUGCAGUGAAAUGUUUUAACUUGCGUAUUUCUGGACGUUUCAUCCAGUUCAAAGUUUGCUUAGACCCAAAUUUAGUUUCAUUCCAGUCAAUCAGCAACUUUUUAAACCUGUCAGUAAAAUGUAAUAUCAUCUGAAGUUUGGAUGCAGCUUGGCUGUAGAAAUAGCACUUGUGCCUUUUGUUUGCAUGGCGUACAUAAAUCUGCAUCAUUCACCUCAGUUUAUAAUGUUAAAUAUUUUGUGCAUUUUUAAAAUUAUUUUUUUGAUUGUUUUAUUAACAAGAAUAAAAAUCAGUUUCUCUUGAAA